AUGUACCGUUUGGUAGUGGUGGGUUCGGGAGACCCGACGCUCGAAGACUCAUACCGUAAGCAAAUCACCGUCGAUGGCAUCGAGUGCGUGUUGGAUAUCAUCGAUACCGCCGGCCAGGACGACUUCAUGGCCAUCCGCGAGUCCUACUACAAGGAGGGUGACGGCUUCCUCUGCGUCUACGAUAUUACCUCGCGCACGACCUUCAACGAUGUGGAGGAUUUCCACGAUGCCAUUCUCAGGGUGAAGGACGCCAACAGCGUGCCGUUCAUGCUGGUCGGCAACAAGGCCGACAUGGAAGAGAAGCGGGUCGUGCAGAAGUCCGAGCUCGAGGAGAAGGCCAAGAAGCUCGGCUGCAAGUUCAUGGAGACCUCGGCCAAGUCGCGCCAGAACGAGACGAUCGCGUUCCGCCAGGCCAAGAACCCGCGUGCGGCCUCGACCCCUUCGGCAUCAACUCCCUCGGAAGACAAGUCCAAGGACAAGAAGAAGAAGGGCUGCGUCCUCAUCUAA